CACGAACAGCCAUCAUGAAGGCGGGAAUCCGGAAUAAAACCUACUUGGAGAUUUUCUGCCACCUCUUUGCCCAGCGUUGUCCAACUGUUCUCUGCAAAAUCAAAUGGGAAUAAAGGGUUUAACGAAGCUAUUGGCGGACAAUGCGCCAAAGGCUAUGAAGGAGCAGAAAUUCGAAAGCUAUUUCGGCCGGAAAAUUGCAAUUGACGCCAGCAUGAGCAUUUACCAGUACCUUAUUGUUCUUGGAAGGUGUGGUACUCAAACGCUCACCAAUAAAGCUGGUGAAGUGACAAGUCAUCUACAAGGGAUGUUCGGAAGGACUGUCCGACUUCUGGAAGCUGGAAUAAUGCCAGUCUAUGUCUUUGAUGGGAUGCCUCCUGAUUUGAAGAAAAAAGAGCUUGCAAAAAGAGUUUUAAAAAGGGAUGAUGCGAUCAAUAGCCUGAACGAGGCUCUAAAGACUGGAAGCAUUGAGGACAUCGAAAAAUUUAGCAAAAGAACAGUAAAGGCUACGGAGAAACAUUAUGAAGACUGCAAACGGCUUCUUAGACUUAUGGGAGUGCCAGUGAUUGAGGCACCUUGUGAAGCGGAAGCACAGUGUUCAGCACUUUGCAAAGCGGGCAAAGUAUAUGCUGUAGCUUCUGAGGACAUGGAUACCUUAGCUUUUGGUGCUCCGAGGUUUCUCCGCCAUUUUCUGGAUUCUAGCUCAAAAAGGAUUGAUGUGAUGGAAUUUGAACUCAUAAAGGUUUUGGAGGAGCUGAACCUCACAAUGGAUCAAUUUAUUGAUCUUUGCAUUCUCUCCGGUUGUGAUUACUGUGAAAGCAUAAGAGGUAUUGGAGGAAGCACUGCUUUAAAACAAAUUCGCCAAUACGGCUCAAUUGAGGGCAUUAUGGAAAAUCUUAAUCGGAAAAGAUAUCAAAUACCAGAAGAAUGGACUUACAUGGAGUCUCGAAGUCUCUUUAAGGAGCCAUCAGUCUUGACUGAAGAUCAUCAACUUCAGCUAAAAUGGACAGAUCCAGAUGAAGAUUCCAUAGAAAGGGUUAUGACUGCCAAAAGCAAGUUGUCCUACUGCCGGUCAGAGUCAUUCUUCAAACCAGCUGUCAGUCAAUCGGUUCCUGCUGAAAGAGUGGAAACAAGAUGUGCAUUUGUAGCCCCAAAACCAGUAAUGAAGGUCGGCACUUGUUAUCCUGUAGAGGCAUCUGUUCAUUCAAGACCCAAAGCCAUGGGCAGCAAGAGCCCCUCGUCUUUAGAUAUGCGGUCAAGCCAACCCACCAUGUUUUGCUGAAACAUAUAUUUGUGAGCAGAAAGGCCACAAUCAACCUGAAUCCAUAACUACUUUCCGGCUCGCUUGAUUCUUGAUCGCGUAAAAAAUGUUUUAUUAUAUAAAAGAUUAUUUUGAUUUGGGUAAAUGGACCCUCUUAUCGAGUAAUUUCAUUGUUGGGAUGGUUUAUUACCAAGACCCCUGAAAUUUGGAUAAAUUACUCGCUUUUGAAAUUUAAGCUAGCCUCUAUUGGAUAUAAAUUAGUACGUAGUCCGCGUAAUGCAAGCACGAGACAGAGAUAUUUAAAUGAUUAAGUUUCAUAGGGCCUACCCGUUUAGCCAAAAACAUAAUAAGAUUGGAUCAUCUAUUUUUCAUUUGAAUCAUUUAUUUUUCAUCUGUUUUCAUAAGUGUUUUUUUACUGCGGAAUCACUAGACAGAAGAUACUACUAUUUUAUUCAAAAAUUU